CUGGUUAAAGACUUGUGGCGUUGUUUUAUAGUUCCCCGGCAGUAUACGACCACUCUACACAAAGUUCGAUGUGCUGGAUACCAAGCUAACCAUAGCAUUAUCCAUCUAGUUAAGGAGCUAGCUGCACUGCCUGCCUUCCGCCGAGGUGCACUUCCCCCACUCUCCCUCCAGCCGGCUAGCCGCAGCGUUAGUCCGGUACAUAAAAUGAAGCGACCAUCAGCGUUUUGGGAAGCUGUGUGGCUGUUUGGAUUUUGCUGAUGUAUGAGGAGACGAUAUUGUUUUUGUGAGAUCUCUGUCAAGGAGGUCAACAUCAAUACGGGGGAUGGACGAGCAGAAAACAAACUGCGAUGAAAAUGAAUCUGAACCAACAGCUGAUGAUAAUACCCCUACGAAGAAGCUUGUCUCCUCUGAGGAGGAGUCCAAAGCCCUUCCUGCUGCUGAGGACCUGUCUGGUGCUACCUCAGCCCCGUCCAGCACACCUGAUGGUAGCGUCCGAGCCUGUGCGCUCUGUAACUGUGUGGAGCGGAGCCUGCACGGCCAGCGGGAGCUGAGACACUUUGGGCCGUCUUCUGAACGGCCGACCCUCAAGCCAUCAGCUUCCCUACUGCCACAGCCCGGAAAUGAUGACCUGUCUUCCAUUGGAUUUUCCGACUCCCCCUGUCUGGCAUCGUUCUUUGACGACUCAGGGGGCUGUUUGGUUCAUCACUGGUGUGCUGCGUGGUCGGAGGGGGUGAAACAGGUGGAGGAUGAGGAGCUGGAGAAUGUGGAUAAGGCCGUUAUCUCAGGGACACAGCGGCUUUGCGAAUACUGCAAAAGGCUGGGUGCAACCACUCGAUGCCAUGCUGAGGGCUGCUCGCGGUUCUACCACUUCCCCUGCUCGGCGGCCAGUGGAUCCUUCCAGUCCAUGAAGCAGCUGGUCCUCCUCUGUCCAGAGCACAUAGACAAGGCGGAGGAGUUGGCAGGUGAGGAGUCUUGGUGUGCAGUGUGUGACUCAGCGGGGGAGCUCACAGACUUGCUGUUCUGUACGGGUUGUGGCCUACAUUAUCAUGCGGCCUGUCUAGAGAUCGGUGCCACGCCUAUCCAGCGGGCAGGAUGGCAGUGCCCAGAGUGUAAAGUUUGCCAGACGUGCAGGCAACCAGGUGAAGACUCCAAAAUGUUGGUAUGCGAUGCCUGUGAUAAGGGCUACCACACCUUCUGCCUCCAGCCAGCCAUGGAUUCUCUUCCCUCUGACCCAUGGAAAUGCAGAAGGUGUCGUGUGUGUACGGAGUGUGGUGUCCAUGGACUGGGGCUGCCAGGUUCGGCCCAGUGGUUUGACAACUACGCCGUGUGUGAGGGCUGCCAGCGGCAACGCAGCUCUGUGUGUGGCGUGUGCAGCAAAGCUGCCAACACAUCUGUCACUCUGCAGAGCUGCAGCACAUGCCACAGAUCGGUGCACAGUGAAUGUUCUUCACCGGGGGAGCUUCCAGAAGCAAAGUGCAUUUGCCGGCUUUGCAAGGAGGGUCAGCUGCAGCCUGUCACUAAAUCACACACAGCAGAGAUACAAACCAGAGAGGCGUCUGAGGAGACUGUGGAUUUGGUGGAGGCGACAAUCCAAACAGAUGCAGACAUGGUGACAGAAGAGCACACAGACUCAUCAGAGCUGGCACCAGGGCAGAAAGGUGCAUUGGAGAAGGUUCAGGACGAGGCCACGACUGAUAAAGAGACUCCCAUGGUCCUGGGGGUGGAGUCCGCAGUUGUUGAGACACCGGCCGUUGGGGAGAAGUUGAAGCAGGACGAGCUGCAAGGAGCAACAGAAGAAUCGCCUUCUGAAGCUCCCGCUGUUCAGACUGAGGCCACAGAUUGUGCAACAAAAGAACAGAGGGCCUCUUGUCUACCUGCUGAUGAAGAGAGGGUAACAGAGGCAGUCAGCCGUGGGACUAAAGACGCCCCCCCCCAGGCCCCUCCAGCAGAGACGCAGUCUGACAACCCGAAAGAAGAACCAUCACCGGUGUCAGAGCAGGGUCCUGAAAACAUGGAGGUGGAGAAGGAGGAUAAGCAAGAAACCACUCCAUCAGUGGAACAAGAAGUAACAUCAGAGCCAUUCAAAAAUGGCUCCAAAGUCACGCACGUCCCACCACCAUCCAGUAAGGGUCCACCAAAGUUACCAUCCUCUCCUGCCUCUGUGGACAAAACGGAGCACUCCCCUGUGGAUAAUCGGCAAGAAAGAAGUCCAUGCCCGGACCCUCAGUCUCCUUCUCCUCUUUCUAUAUCAGGAGACACACAAGAGGCCCUGUCGUGUAUGGAAAUGGAGCGGAGGUUACUACCUCACUCUGAGGAAGAGGAUGAUGAUGACGAGUAUGAUGAGCAAAUGAAAGGAGAUGGACUUAUUGAGGACAUAAAGCGGGAGCCGGACGACCUGUCUUACCUGAGCCAUGGAGACGAGAGCAGCAGCGGCUUUCUGGGCUCUCCAGGAGAACAAGACCCUCAGCUCUCCAUGGAGCUCGGCCACUCGCACGCAGAUAACCUGCUGUCUGAGACCGAUGACUCGCUUCCCUUCGAGCCCCUCAGAGGCGACAGAGAGAAGGUGAAACGCAGAGGGUCCCCCGGCCGCUCGCGGGUCAAACAGGGGCGAAGCAAUAGUUUUCCUGGGAAGCGCAGACCCCGAGGAGGCGGUGGAGGGAGAGGGCGGGGUGGGAGGUCCCGCCUCAAAGCCAUGGCUUCCUGCAUCGACGCUUUCUUGCUAAGCAUGACCACAGACACUGGAGUGAGUAAAGAGGAAGACGAGGAGGAAGACGACACCAUGCAGAACACAGUGGUUCUUUUCUCAAACACUGAUAAAUUUGUCCUGCUCCAGGAUAUGUGUGUUGUGUGCGGCAGUUUUGGAAAGGGUUCAGAGGGGCAGUUGUUGGCUUGUGCUCAGUGUGCCCAGUGUUACCAUCCUUACUGUGUGAACAGCAAAAUCACCAAGACGAUGCUCCGUAAGGGCUGGCGCUGUCUGGAAUGUAUUGUGUGUGAGAUGUGUGGAAAGGCUUCGGAUCCCUCUCGUCUGCUGCUGUGUGACGACUGUGAUGUCAGCUAUCACACCUACUGCUUGGACCCGCCCCUGCACAAUGUCCCCAAGGGUGGUUGGAAGUGCAAAUGGUGUGUGUGCUGCGUCCAGUGUGGUUCAAACACCCCAGGUUUCCACUGUGAGUGGCAGAACAACUACACACACUGUGGCCCCUGUGCCAGCCUCGUCACUUGUCCAGUUUGCAGAGAGAACUUCAUGGAGGAGGAGCUGCUGCUGCAGUGUCAGUACUGUGAUCGAUGGCUCCAUGCUGUCUGUGAGAGUUUGUACACAGAGGAUGAGGUGGAACAAGCUUCUGAUGAAGGCUUUGCAUGCACAUCCUGCAGCGUAUAUGUUCCAAAACCCGUGGUAGAGUCAGCAAUUAUGGCUUCAAUAAAGAUCAAAGAGCCAGAACCCCAGUUCUACCGGUUGGAGGGUGUGUGGCUGACAGAGUCGGGCAUGUCCCUGCUUCGCAGCAUCUCCAUGUCUCCUCUGCACAAGAGACGGCAGCGCCGCUCACGUCUCGGCGCUCUGUGCUGUGAAGGAGGCUCUGAUGGGAUGGAUCUGAGGGAGGGUGACGAAGGAUGUGGGGAGCCCAUGGAAUGUGAAUCCAAAAUGGAGAACCCUGGUAGCCCUGACAGAGAAGGAGGUGCAGACGUAGGCCCUGAUGGCAUGGCCGACUGCGAUGGUGUCAAAGGAGGAGCAGAGGAGACUGAGGACAGCAAAAAAAGAAAGCGGAAACCUUACAGGCCUGGAAUUGGAGGCUUCAUGGUGCGACAAAGGAAGUGUCACACACGGAUGAAGAAAGAGUUUUUCGCCCAGCUUGCUGGAGAGACUACAUUAGAUGGACAGCCAAUAGAGAGAACCAUUGACGAGGGACCUCACCCUGACACAGAUAACAUCAUGGAUCCUAAACCAGUGGAGGGCGAGGAACAGGCCAAGAAGCGACGGGGACGGAAGAAGAGCAAACUUGAGGACAUGUUUCCAUCUUAUCUCCAGGAGGCUUUCUUUGGGAAGACACUUAUAGACUUGGGUAAGAAAGCUGUGAUGACACCUCCAGGGCAGAGGCCGGGCGCAUGCCUGGUCCGACCUUCAUUACCAGCACCGUCAGGGGUCAGAACUUCUGCCCCAGAGAAUGAAGAUCGUGUGGUGAAAGAAUAUUUUCUUAUCAAGCAAGAGGGGGGUGAUGGCCCCCAGGCUCAGGGAGAAGGUGCAGGAGUUUCUGCACCGUCUUCAUCACUGAAAGAACAGGCGUCAACUGAUCCUCAUGACUCUGAUGCAGAAAAGAGUGAAGGUCUUCCGUUAGGGGUGGAAAGUCAGGACUCUGAGCAGUUCUUCAGGAAGGUUCUGGGAUCGUCAGACGGCUCCUCUCUGGGGGGCAUGAAGCCCAUCUUGGAGGGCAGUAAGGGAGAACUCAAUCGUAGCGCUUUGCCGCAGAGAGCUCUCCUCUCAGGGUCCCUGCCCUCCGCUGGAAUGAUGGAUGGUUUUCCUGGCCUCUCUCAGUCACCGUUCUUCGAUAUGCGGGAGCGAGGAGGAUUGUUCAGUCCAGAUGGAAGUGAGGAAAGCGCCUGGGCCAAUCCCUCUACCCCAGUAACCCCUUCCUCCCCACCCACCCCCACUGAGGGAGAAAGUGAUGGGCUGUCCUACAACCAGCGCAGCCUCCAGCGGUGGGAGAAAGACGAGGAGCUGGGAGAACUCUCAACCAUUUCCCCAGUGCUUUAUGCCAAUACCAACUUUCCCACUCUCAGACAGGACUACCCAGACUGGGCUAAUCGCUGUAAACAAAUCAUGAAGGUCUGGAGGAAGGUGUCAGCUGCUGACAAGGUUCCAUAUCUGCAAAAGGCCAAAGAUAACCGAGCAGCUCAGAGGAUCAACAAGGCGCAGAAGCAGGCGGAGAGUCAGGUGUGCAGGCCUAUCAAGACGGAGGGAGUGCGUGUGAAGACGGAACGGCCCAGUUUGCACCUCCAGAUCCCUCCACCUUCAGGCUCUACAUCCAUCUCUUCCCAGCCCAGCUCAGCAGAGAGUCCAUUUCCCUUCCCUCCAGAUUCAGGAUCCUCCUCUGUCUUUUUCUCAGACGGGCCUCUAAGGACUCCGGGUUCGGCUGAAAUCCGGACAGAUCCCUUGGCCAAGCUUCCUCCUCAGUCGCCUCAUUCUCACUCUCACCCAACCACACCGUUCCCCCCCAGCCCUUUACAGGCCUCUUCCUCAGGUUAUUCCGCUUCCGGCCCACAGGGUCCUCCUCAGGGACGGCCAGCCAGUCUUGGCCCCUUUGACAUGCAACCAGGAACUCCUGGAACCCCCAGACGGGCUCAGCAGGUUGACCCCUACUUCAGAUCACAGCUGCAGCAGCAACAGGGUCAUCUACCACAAUCACAGCAAGGCUCCCAGGAGUCACUCGGACAUCCAGAGAGUCCUCAUUCGAGAUGUUCAGGGCUUGGGGAGUCGCCAAUAUUCUCACCACCCCACAACACCCAUUACGGAGACCCUUUCAGGAACCAGCAAGGGAUGGGCCGGCCUGAAUAUGGUUCAUCCCCGUCGCCCUCUGCAGUGGCUUCCUCCCCUGCAGGGCAGUACAGGGCUGAUAUGAGCGCCCCCUCUCCACGCUCCUCUGCUGGGAGGCCUGAUCUAUCCACUGGCUCUCCUGCUGGGAUGCUGGACUCGGGGGAUGGUUUGUUCAAGGCACCUAUGACCCCACGAAUGCACCAAGGGGAGGUGCAUCCUGGAGCAUCUCCAGGACACCCCUCUGAAGGCUACAGGCAGUCUCCUUCUCACUCUUUCUCUGACCCCCACGCCCAGUCACCACUGACUCCCAGGCCGCAGUCAGCCGACAAUUGUCCUCUCGGGCCCCAGAGACAUCCUGUUGCUCAACAGGAAAUGUGCCCUCGAGUGCCCUCCAGCCCAAAUUCACAGGGCAGCUCUCAGUCUCCCCACACUCCCGGGGGCCUCUCCAAUGAUGCUUACUCUGUCCAUUCCCCUGCUACGCCUCGUUUCCAAUCCCCGGACCCUUGUUCUCAGCCACCUUCAAGGCCACAAUCUAGAGACCCUUUUGCUACUCUCCACAAACCCCCUCGCCCCCCUUCUGUUGCCCCAGAGGGAACAGCAAGUUACAAAGGCUCACCCAAUCCUCACCAGCCACCUCAACCACAUCCCACCAACAGUUCCAUAGGGGACCCUCUCUCUGGUAAACCGUCAGCACCUCUUACUUUCAGUCGCAGCCCCAGCACGGGAGGCUUCCAAAUGACCCAACAGCAGAGUCAGAUGUUACAGGGUCAGCUUCAGCAACAACAGCCACAAACUCUACAGACAGACGGCUUUGGCUCCAGGGGGCCAAAUCUCUCCGGAUCUCAAGAUCUGAUGGCUGUCCGCCCUCCAGAUGCACAUCAGCAGCCUGCUCUGCCAAGCACUCCAGAAAUGCCUGACAUUUCAGCAGUUCAGGACCCUGCCUUAGUUGGCCUCAGCCCCUCUGAGCUAGAGAAGCACCGACAGCGACUCAGACUACGGGAAUUCUUAAUCAGACAAAAACUGCAGAGAAACACCAUCAGACAAGAGAAGGAGGCUGCUGCAGCGGCUGCUGCUGCUGGCAGUGGAUCCCCUGGCUGGCCUGGAGGAGAGAUGGGAGCCUUUCAACAAGACAAGGCCCACAGAGCACCGCCACCUUAUCCACAGGAUCGUGUUGCCGCUGCUACUGCUCAGGCUUCUAUGACAACAAAGAUGCCUAUGACUGGAGCCAUGGGGGUCAUUCGCCCUCCACCCACAGGAACCCCUGCCAUCAUGGACCCUAAUGCACUAAGGCAACCAGGGCCCCCCAGACCACAGGGCAUGUUUGUUCGUCAACCGUUCCCUCCUCAGUGGCAGGGCCAGGCUCAAGGCCCAAGGAGGUUCCCCCAGCCCGGCAUGGAGGCCAUGGGCAUAAGACACAAUCUCAACCCUGCUGUCAACAUGCAGGGUAUGGAAGGCAUGGGUAACCCUCAUGCCAUGAUGCCAGGACAUGGAGGAGAGACCAUGCAGUCAAUGGGUCAAGGGCCUCCACCACAGUUCAUUGAAUUGAGACACAACUCACAAAGACUACCCCUACGACCUCAGUUUAUGCCCCGUGUACCCCAGCCGAGACAACGGCACUUUGUCCCUCAGCAAGAGAUGGCAGCAUCUUUUGUUCAGCAACAUCCAAUGGGUCAAGCUGGUGGCAUUCAAACUGACGGGGGCAGCAACUCGCAUCUUAGGUUACAGCAGGGUGGACUUCCAGCUUUAAUGCCUCAGUCAACAGGCCCAAUAACACAGCAUCCCCACCUGCAACACCAGGCAGCUACUUCCAAUACAAGCAUUCCUAGCACUGAGCAGCAUCAUCUCCAACAACCAAGCCUGGUCACACACUCCCAGCCUGCAACAGCAGUGAGUAAUGAGGAGCUGCCAGAACCUGACCUUGAAGGCCUUGGGGAUGCCCCAGGGGAUGGAGGUGUGGAUGAUGAGGAUGAUAUGGCUCUGGACUUGGACCCUGACAAGGGAGAUGAUGACUUGGGCAACUUGGACAACCUGGAGACCAAUGAUCCACAUUUAGACGACCUGCUUAACAGUGACGAGUUUGACCUGCUGGCUUACGCUGACCCUGAACUGGACCAAGGAGACCCGAAAGAUGUCUUCUCAGACCAGCUCCGGUUAGUGGAAGCAGAGAGUGAAGCACCUGCAUCUUCCUCUGGAUCUGCACAUGUUAAAGUGGAAGUAAAAGCCAAGUUGGAGCCAGGGCAGAAGUGUCUCACAACAGUUGCUGGCACUGCAAGAGGGUCUGCUACUCAACUGCCACCCUCUGCAGACAUAUGUGAUAUCUCCAAGGUCAAAAUAGAGGACAGAGGUAUGACUCAGACGCAUCCAGGACACACUGUGGUAAAAGAUGAAUUUGGAGAGGCUGUGUCAAUGCUUCUUGGUGGGAACACGCCAUCUUCCAAGUCUGCACAACCAGAUAACCAGUCAGCUUCACUCAGUUCUGUUCGGUUAGGGGGACUUCAGUACCCCCUCCCAGGACAAGCUGGUGGAUUGCCUUUUCCUUCAGCUGCUUCACAUUCAAAUAUGAAUGAUGAUCCACUGGGUCUGCCUGAUGUAGGUGGACAGCACUCCCCUGCUGUAGAUUUGGCAAAGGUAGAGAGCUCUUUAGAUGGUGAGCUGCCCCUUCUUAUACAGGAUCUGCUGGAGCAUGAGAAGAAAGAACUACAGAAGCAACAACAACAGCAGCAGCAGCAGCAGCAGCAGCAGCAACAACAACAACAACAACAACAACAACAACUACAACUACAACAGCAGCAGCAGCAGCAUCUCAGCUCCCUCCACCAGGGAGGCAUGGCGCCUCAUUUUCCUGGCAUCUCAAGUCAACAACAGCCGCACCCUCAGACUCCGGGCCAGAUAAUGCUGCCACACCACCAUCGUCCACCACCACAGGGAAUGAUGGCUCAGCCAGGGAUGGUACCCCGUGCCCCGCACAUGAUGCAGCAACAACAGCAGCAGCAGCAGCAGCAGCUGCAGCAGCAGCAAAGACUUAUGGGAACUGGAAUGGCCCCUCCCAUACCUUUUUCCUAUUUCAUUGCAGAUUUGGACAAAUUUGCAACCGAUGACAUCAUGGAUCCAAUUGCCAAGGCAAAGAUGGUGGCCCUUAAGGGUAUCAAGAGAGUGUUGGCACAGGAUCCAAUGGCUGUUCCCCCUGGCAUUAACAGGCAACAAGUGUCUCUGCUUGCUCAGAGGCUGUCCUCUGCCCCCGGCACAGAUCCAAAUCAGCCGACACUUGUACCUCCAAAGGAGGGAGAAACAAGUGAUCCUACAGUGUCGAGACCCAACCCGCCUCAGUUUGUGCAAGGAAUCAUCAAUGAUGCAGAACAGCACCAAUAUGAAGAAUGGCUUCUGCACACCCAGCAGUUACUCCAAAUGCAGUUAAAAUUCUUGGAGGAACAGAUUGGAGUUCACCGCAAAUCACGCAAAGCACUGUGUGCUAAGCAACGCACUGCUAAGAAAGCUGGCAGGGAGUUUGCUGAGGCAGAUGCAGAGAAACUAAAGUUGGUAACAGAAGAGCAGAGCAAAAUUCAAAAACAGCUUGACCAGGUACGCAAGCAGCAGAAGGAGCACACCAAUCUCAUUGCAGAGUACAGAAGCAAGCAGCAGCAGCAUCAACAAAGCUCAGGUAUUCUUACCCCAGGUCAUUCUGCACAGGCGGCCCCUCCUCACAUGUUUCCCAAGAUGCCUGGCCAGAUGAUGAUUGGCCAACAGGGAACACCAGUAAUGGGCCAACACCCUGGUGUGAUGCCCCAAGGUGGAAUGCCUGUCAGGAUGCCUCAGGGGCAGCCUUUUGUUGGUGGAGCCCAACCCCAGCUUCCUGCAGCCAUGGGAGCCAGCGUUGCCAGGGCCCCUGGUCCACCUGGUGCUCCAACAGGAUUCUUCCCACAGGGGCCUGGAAUUCAAGGUGCAGACCCCAGGCUUCUCCAAGAAAGACAGCUUCAACAUAGGAUGCAAAUGGCAAAGCUCCAGCAGCAACAACAGGGGAUGAUGGGGCAGCAACCGAUGCCACACCCAAAUCAACCGCCUGGCUUAGUCCCCCAGCCACCGCCCGGCAUGAUGGGGAACCCGCUUAUGGCCCAACAGCAAGCAAACCCUCAACAGGGAAUGCUAGUCAACCAGGCCAAUCAGCAGAGUAUGGUGCAUGUCCCACAAGGAAUGGUUGGAGGCCAGUCUGUGGUUCCACUUCCACAGAACCUCGCAGGAGUCCAGCCUAUGAACCAUGCUCAAGCCAUGAUGGCAGUUCAACCAGGGAUUAUGGGAAACCCCACUGUUGCACCAUCACAGCAACAGAGGCCUCAGCUGGUGGUGGGUCAGCAGGGAAUGGUUGGUUCUCCGGGUCAUCCUGUGCUCAGGGGUCCCCAGACCCAAUUGACUCCACAACAACAGAGCAUACUGGCCCAACGCAUGGCUGCAUCUCAACAACAACAACAACAGCAGCAGCAGCAACAUGUUGCAAAGAAUAUGGCACACCUUCAGCAGCAGCAGAUGGCACAGCAAAGACAAACACAGUUGAUAAGUCAGUCCAGCCAAGAGCAAGGAGUUCUCUCCCAACCCUCUACCCCACAGAUGGGCUCCUCGCCUUCAGCAGGAAGUAUCACACCCCAGCCACAAGCAGCUACUGAUAACCAAAACUCAGGCCCCAAAGAGGGAGGGAUCCUCAGCCCUGAUUCAAGAACGCCACCACAGCAUAGUGGACCCUCAACACCCAAUCAGAUGUCCCACCUAGGCUCUGCAAAUGAUCAUCAGAAUGACUUGGGACGACAGCAGUUACAACAACAGCAGCAGCAGCAGCAGCAGCAGCAGCAAAACCAGAUGUAUAUUGCUCAGCAGCAACAAUUAAAUUCCCAGUCUGCCCCUGAGCAACAAACAGGCUUGGUUGAAAACCAACAAGCUGUUGUGCUUCAGCAACAUCAGCAACAACAUCCUCUCACUCUCCAGAGGCAAGGGUCCCUCGGUGUUGACAAGCCUAUGAUGAUGACCAUAAAGGAGGAAGUCAAACCAAUUGAAUUCUUGGCUCAUCAGCAACAACAGCAAGCAGGUCAAAAUGCCAUGCAGCAAUCACCAAACCCCAACCUCCAGCAGCAGAUCAUAGGUCAGAACCAUCCUGGCCAGCCACAGCCUGUUGUAAUGGGUCAUAAUCCACAACAACAACAACAACAACAAGUCCUCAUGGCCCAGCAGCAAAAGCAACAGGCCAUGAUGGGCAUGAUGAGAGCCCAGCAGCAAGGGAUGAUAGCGCAGAGGCCUGUGGGUCCACCUGGACAGAUCCGCACCCCCAUCAACAUCCAGGCCAUAAUUGCUCAGAAUCCCCAGCUUCGUAAUCUUCCUCCAAACCAGCAGAUUCAGCACAUCCAGGCCAUGAUUGCCCAGAGGCAGCUCCAACAGGGACAGAUGUUGCGGAUGUCCAUGGGACAAGGUCAGUUAAGGCCUAACAUGCCACAGGGACAGAUGCCACAGGGACAGAUGCCACAGGUUGUGCAGCAGAUGCCAUAUGGAGCCAUCGGGAAACCAGGAGCAGUGGGCCCUCAGCAACAACCGGGCAUGUUGGGCCAACAACCUGCUGCGGCUCCCCAAAUGCAGCAAGGGAUGAUGGUCCCCGGGCAACAACAGCAACAGGUGGGAGAGAUGAUGCAGCAACAUAUGAUGAGAGGCCAGGUGCCAGUGCCGCCUUCCCCAUUGGACCAGGGCCGCAUGGUAAGACCAACAUCUCCACGUCAGCCAAUAGCCAACUCUCCUGGGCAUCCAUUUAAUCCAGCUAUGGGGAUGCGUCCACCCACUCCCAACCAGAACCAACAAGCAAUGAUGGCAGCUGCAGCAGGCCGCAUGCAGGGUUCUCCAUCCCAUGCAUACUCACCUAGAGGGCCCUUCGGCAUGAGCCCAGCCCACCCGGCCUCACCUCACUCAUCGCAUGUUUCCUCACCUUCUAUAGCUGACAGUAGGGCUGGAAGGGGGAGUCCGUACAGCCACGUCAAGGCAUCUCCACUCAGGUCACCUGGAGCCAAGAGUCCACUCAAUUGUCCAGGAAUGAAAAUGGAAGCUCAGAUAUCAGGCAAUGAAAUGUCUCACCCAGGUUCAGUUAUUCCCAACGGUCCACAGAAAGUCAUGAAUAUUCAGCAACAUGUGCAGCAGGUCUCAGAGAGCCACGGUCCUCACACACAACAUGGCUCUAGAGUAGGAGAGAUAUACAAGAUGACCCUACAGAACAUUAAACAGGAGCCAAGGGAGUUUCAUUGUGAUGGUGCACCAGAGGCUCAUUCUGGGGCUAUAAAGAGAGAGGCAACGGGGGACGCAGUUACUUCUGCUAACAACACUGGCUUCAUCAAUGCUGGAGAUCCUGGGAGUCAAGGCCCUCGCCCUGAAACUGGACAGCAACUACUUCAGAAACUCCUGAGAACCAAGAAUCUUCAGCUUGGUGCCCAAAGGCCCUCUGAAGGAAUCCACAAUGAAAUAAAUGGCCACAUUAACAGUAAACUAGCGAUGCUGGAGCAAAAACUUCAAGGAACUCCACGAAAUAUGGAGGAUUUACAGUCUAUAACCAAAAGGUCUCCGGUACAAAAGCCAAAGCGCAGUAACAAGGCAGCUGGAGACCGAGGCCCUAAUGCAAGGAAGAAGAAUAAGAAGGAAGAAGUUGGAAAAAGUGCUGAAGCCCUGUUAAAGCAACUCAAACAGGGUCUCUCUCUACUGCCCCUGAUGGAGCCUUCAAUCACUGCCAGCCUGGAUCUGUUUGCCCCUUUCGGAAGCAGCCCAGCCAACGGCAAAGCCCAGCUCAAAGGAUCCUUUGGAAAUGCAGUGCUGGACAAUAUCCCCGACUAUUAUUCACAGUUACUCACAAAGAGUAACCUUAGCAACCCCCCAACACCUCCAUCCUCGUUGCCACCUACUCCUCCGCCUUCAGUCCAGCACAAGCUGCUGAAUGGAGUGACUUCUGGGGAGGAGCUGUCUGAGGGUCAGAAAGACACAGAGACAGCAGAAGAGCCAAUGGAUUCUGUGAAAGAGGAGGUGAAGAGUGUAGACAUCCUAGCAGCUCUCCCCACCCCACCACACAACCAGAAUGAGGACAUCAGGAUGGAGAGUGAUGAUGAGGACGCUCCAGAAAGCAUCAUUCCGGCCUCUUCCCCUGAGAGUAACGUAGGAGAUGAAACGCCACGUUUCCCUCACCUACGGGAGCCCAAAGAGGAGGAGACGGAGAGAGCAAUAUCCCCAAUCAUCCCCCUCAUACCUCGCACUGCCAUCCCAGCAUUCCCUGAAAACAAACCAUUUGAAGCAUCCGAUAGCAAGGUGGUUUCCACCACCAACAAUUGGGACAAGGCCAAAAACAACGAAGUGGCCGUCACCUUCACCCUGUCCUCUGCUGCAGCCAAGAAACUGAACCACGUCAUGUUGGCCAUGGCCCAGCUGCUUAAUAUACGGAUGCCGGGUUCUUAUGAGGUGACGUUCCCAACCCAAAACCCUGACAUGUCUGGAGUGGAGGGGCCUGGAAAAGGACCCGAGCAGUCAGGGGCUUUGUGUACAAAGGACGGGGCUUCACUCAGUCAGGAUGAGUGGCUAAGGCAAUUUGACGUGUCUCUACCAGGCUGUACAUUGAAGAAACAAGUGGACAUUCUGGCUCUCAUAAAACAGCUGGUUACGUUGAGACCCUUCGUCCUCGACUUUCGUCGCAAGUCCUCAGAAAUGGAACGACCCUCAUCACAGGGCGCGCCAUUGACGUUUAGGCAGAGGGAGCAAACUCGGCCGUCGCAUCCGCCGCCCGUCGCGAACAACCCCGUGGUGCGACACGAAGGUCAAUUUUACGCACACCGCGAGUCAUGCCGGUUGGUCCUCUCCGAUACCGUCGACCCAGUGCUUACCAUUCACCGUAAGAACCACACCUACCAUGUUCGACUGGUUGUCGGUCCUUCUACUCUGGUGCGUUACAACUCGUUCGGCGCCAGCGCGCCCGCGCCGUCAAGACCCAGCGCAGCCCGUCGACGGCAGCACACCGUCUUCGCUCGUAAAAUGCCAGAAAACAGCACCAGCGUGUCGAAGGCCUACCAGAGCACCUUCACUGGAGAGCUCAACACACCGUACAGCAAGCAGUUCGUCCACUCCAAGUCGUCCCAGUAUCGACGGCUGAAGACUGAGUGGAAGAACAACGUGUAUCUGGCACGGUCGCGCAUCCAGGGCCUGGGGCUGUACGCUUCCAAAGAUCUGGAGAAGCACACGAUGGUCAUCGAGUACAUCGGAACCGUCAUACGCAACGAAGUGGCCAAUCGGCGGGAGAAGAUCUAUGAGGAGCAGAACCGUGGGAUCUACAUGUUCCGCAUCAACAACGAGCAGGUGAUUGAUGCCACUCUGACAGGAGGUCCAGCUCGGUACGCCAACCAUUCCUGCGCCCCAAACUGUGUUGCAGAGGUAGUCACAUUUGACAGAGAAGACAAGAUUAUCAUCAUUUCCAGCCGCAGGAUCCCCAAAGGGGAAGAGCUGACCUAUGACUACCAGUUUGACUUCGAGGACGAUCAGCACAAGAUCCCUUGCCAUUGUGGAGCCUGGAAUUGCCGAAAGUGGAUGAACUAACCAGAAGAAAGAAAAAUGGAGAAUUCCCCUCUCACUGGUGCCAGAACACUCCUGCGCCAAAGCCUUUGAAUCCUACAUAGCCAGUGCAUAAGCUGUUUUGAGAGAUGUGGAGGAAGGCCGGCCUCCAUCACUGAGAGACUAAAGCGUUGACACCUGUAGCCAAAGGUUUGAAGAGCAUUAAUCAAUAAAAGCAACCGACCUCCUCCAUCAACAGCAGUUUGAUGGUGGGACUUACUUUCAUGUUUGGACUAGUGAAUCACCUUUUCCUCAGCCAAAACCCUUCCCCCCCCCGCCCCCUCGACUGUUCUUAAUACUCUUACAGUGGCUGGAAUACAAUCCUCAACAACUACCAAAUGAUUCUGACCCUCUGGUAUCAAUACUCGUAGUGGAGAGCUCAGCUGGAGCUUCGACAAAAAGCCAUUUUAAAAUACUAAGAAUGAACUAAUGAUGCAUUUUUAUGUUUUAAGUCGGACCUAUUUCCUGUCCCUCCUGACCACACCUCCCCCUCAUCUCCCAGAAAAAGGCACUUUCCCAUCAAGUCAUCAAUGAAGACAACACGGAUAUUAGCUAGCUAGACAAUCUUGAUGUGGCUCUGUGUAAGAACUACAUACGAUCGAUGGAAAAAAAAAAAAGAUGAAAGUUAAUAUAAAAUUUUAGAUGCUAUUGAUCUGUGGCUCCAGUGGCAUCAGAUGUUCUGACUGUGUGGAGUCCCAUGGUGGGUUAGUUGGACCCAGUCUACCUCAUUGAUUUAUCGGGAAGCGACUGCUUUGUAUAAAAACUGUUAACUGCUACUGUGGAACGGGGGGGGAAAGGGGGAAUGUUUUUAUGGGCCUUCUCGGACAAGCAGGGAAUCUUAAGCAGCAGGUUUGCUCUAUCUACUCUAUGCUGAUGAUGAUUUACAAUAAUGAGCCAACAUAAUUAUUAUUCAUGAAUUGUUUAUACAGAGGAAAUAUAUGACAGUUUUGAUAAGAUAUUGCAUUAAAAAUCACAAUCAGAAGCUUAGCGGGUGUCCUGUAUGCCACCAAAUCCUCCUGGAUGUAGCUUUUUCUUUUUUUUUGUUCUUUCUAUUUAUGCGUCUCAGAAAACUACGUUAUGAGCUGUGUGAAAGCACAAUAAUAUCCACCUUUUUUAAGUUGCUGAAAGACAGUAAUGGUGUGAGUGAAUGGCUCUAGGAUCAUGGGAUAAGCAGUCUGAAGAAGACUACGAUGUCCGAAAUUAACCAAUUACACAUUUGCUUGUUGCUUCAUACAUUGAAUUUCCACUUGAUGAAAACCAGCUGGUGGAUGCAUGACUACUGUCCCAUGAAAUGCUUUUUAUUCUCCCCAAUCUUUUCACAACUCAACCUUGAACUUUGAAUCAUGCCUCUUCCUCUCUGUAUGAUUUAGUGGACUGUUGUUAAACGUGACUGUAGUAAGUCUUCCUCUGCCUGAGUACAGCCUGCAGUGUUUCUACUUCCCCUGUAGUGUGCUGGUACUGUUCUCUUGAGGCUGAACUGACAGCAGGGAAAGACUUAUUGGAAAAAAGGGCAUUUGUUUUCAUUUCUAUGUAAGAUGAAUGAAAAAGUCUUUAAAGGGAGCUUUACUAAAACUUCCUACCUUCCCAUAUUACUUUGUUUCCUCCUCCCCCUAACCUAAGACCUCACAUGAUUUUAAAAUGCAAAGUUGUACAAACUGUAUAUAUAGUAUAUGCAUUAGGGGACAGCAACUCUUUAUCAAACCCCUUUGUAAUCAAUAAAGUCAAAAGUGUAGAGAAAUAAAAUUGAAAAAAAAUCAACCACUGGAUAUCAUUUUAACAAAGAUAAAGCUGUAUAUAAAUAUAAAUAUAUGUAAAAUGGCAAACUAAUAUCUUUAUGUAUAUGAACCAGAGUGUUUUGCAUUUACCUGUUUUUCUAUUAGUGUUUUUGCUAUAAGCUCUCAGAGACAAGUUUGUUAAAAUAGGUUUGAGAAUAAUGUCUUCUCCAAUCAAUUGUGACGAGAAGCUGGUGUGAUUACAGAACUGUUUGGAUUCAUGUGGAGGUCGGUAAUUAGACAUGAAAAUCCCUUCUUGCGUAAAGCAGUACAAUGGUGCAUAGCAUUUGUAUUUAUGUAAUAUUGUUUGUGUUUAUUUUCUUUUUAUUUAUGCUACUGCUUGUUGAUUACCAAAACUUGUCCCUUAAUCGGUCACAAUUGGAUUAAUAUACUCUUGAAUGGAAAAUCUUGAAUCCCUAGAAUAUUGUUAGUGUUUCGCUUUUUUAUAUCUUCCCUAUAGAAGUGAAUGUGUUGGUAAACCUUGUGAAAUGGUUACUUGGCCUAAUGUAUGUUAUGAUGUAAUACUCAAAGUUAAUCCCAUACUUAUUCUGGUAAUGAAUUGCACUCUCAUAGUAUAACGGAGAAUUUCUCUAAAGUGGUAGAUAUUGAUCAAGUAUCCGAAGCAGUGAUAUAUAUAUUUUUUGGUAUGUUUCUAUUUCAAGGGAAGACCAUGAUGAGACAUUAUGCCGCUCACUGGAUUUUAGCCUGAAUAAUUUUUAACUUCUCUAAAUCUUAAUUUAAGUUCUCUGCAUAUCUUAUAAUUUAAUAAAGUUUGCUCAAAUUGAAGGUUUUUUUUAACCUCACCUACUUUUUAAAAAGACGUUGCAUCUGUACAGCAGAGAUACUUUUAGGGAAUAUGAAUAAAUCUAAUGAUCAUUUUUAUUGUAUGUGGCAUGUUUUGUAUGGAUAUUAUUUUGAAUUGUACAUAUUUUUUUCAGGACGCCAGAGGUUGCAUCUCUUUAUAUACAGCUGUCCCACUCCCCUUUCCCUUCAUCUUAUUUCUUUGUCAGCUUUUGUUUCUUGUAAAGGAAAAUAAAAUGCAUUUUAAAUAUG